GCGAGCUCGAACCGCGAGGAGUGGCCAGGAGGUAGGACUCCGAAGUGGAGUGCAUGCGUUGUAUUCUACAAGAGGCGCUCUUGGCGUGUGCAUCUUCAAACAGUGUUGUUGUUGUGAUUGGUGCGUUUUAGAUGUGACGUCCCGCACAGUAGGCUCACGUGCUGCCAGCAUUUGUGUGACAAUAUCGUGGUGAAUACUUUGCACGAAACGAGUGGCUUUGGCUUAGGAACUGCAAUAAGAAAUCUUCCAGCCAACCAAAGCGCUACAAUCUCCAUCACGAGUCGAUCGUAUCCAAUGCGAGCCAACACAAUCCACCCGCCAACUACGUAGGAGAGACACGCUGAAUCCUGCCAUCAUCCAACCUGACGCAACACGAGUCCUCACACGACAACGACGUCCGCAAGAGUUCGACCAAUGUGAAGGACGUCCAGCGAAAAGGCGCUGUCCAGGAGGCAGCGCAAUUCCUGGAACUUUGCAGACGACGUGGACAUUGCAGAAGUGGACCUGCGGUCAGAGCCCCUGGUGUCAAUGUCCGACAGUGAGGGAGAGAGCGACUUUGCCCCGACUCAUCAGCACCGUGUGUACGUUGCCAUGGGUGUGGUGGCCUCAGUGCUGAGGGUCUACCAGAGGCUGGUUCGCCUGGUGCGCAAGGCGUGGACAGACAUGCGUUUUGCGGACGACCAUGUUGAAGAAGUGGAGGUGGCCAUGGUACGGUACCAACCUGAAAGGAUAGAAGAGCUCUGUCGAAGCACAAAGUUUACACGACAAGAACUCAAGUAUAUGUAUCAGGGUUUCAAACAGGUGUGUCCGACGGGAGUUGUACACGAAAAUACCUUUAGGGAUAUCUACGCACAAUUUUUUCCACAAGGUGACGUGAGCCAAUACGCGCACUACCUGUUUCAAGCAUUCGACCAGGACCAUAAUGGUACAAUAACCUUCCAGGACUUCGUAGUGGGUCUCUCAGCUCUAUCGCGCGGUGCUCCGGUUGAGAAGCUCCGCUGGGCAUUCCAGUUGUACGAUAUCAACGGAGAUGGUUGCAUAUCCCGGGAUGAAAUGCAAGAGAUAAUCGCCUCGGUCCACAGCCUAGUGGGCAACACUGGUGGCGGGUCGGCGCAGGAGGACCACGAGUUUUACUCCGCCAGGGAUCAUGCCAACAGGGUCUUCCAGAAACUCGACCUCAACCAAGACGGCAUUGUCACUUUCGAUGAGUUCAUUGAGACAUGCCUCAAGGUCAUUCAACGUUGGCACGCCGUGUCCUGCUUGAAUCUUGUCCAGGUUGAACAGGCUCCACAAGAUGUACUGAAGCCAAGUGGUGCCACAUUUUGGCAGCGGCACAUGCGUGCAGAUGAUCUCGUCCAACGUCGGCAACUUCUCGCCCGCGUCGACCUUGUCCAAGUUGAAGACGCACCAGACGAUGUACUGCAACCAGGUGGUGCCGCACUUUGGGUAGGAAGCGACGAAAACGUCUCCCGGCUGCGGCUUGUAAGCGACGGCUUCGGCCACGAACUUCUGGCUGAAGAACCCGGGAAUUCUCAGCCCAUUGACGAAGUGGCAGAUCUCUUGGGGAGGCAUCGUUGGAUCGACGGGACUGGUGGAGCAGGAAGGUUGUUUCAGGACCUUCUGGAACCGCAGCUCAGUUUCUUAAGACAGCAUGUUCUUCCUGCGUAGUAAAAUGAGAAAAAUAAAUACACCCACCGACCAGGACGUUCGCGACACG